CCCACCCUCCCAUCUCUGUCUCUCUCUCUUGUUUGAUUUGAACUCCAAACCCCCUCAAUUCCUCAAACACAUCACUCAUCCCUUUCACUGAUCUCUCUCUCUCUCUCUCUCUCUCUCUCUCUCUUCUUUGUUUGAACUUUAACCGGCAAACUUCAAUUAUACAUAUAUACAUACAUAAAAUGAGGAGGGAGAGCAUUUGAAUUCUAGAGAGAGCAAUUGAUGGCUUCCGGCGGUGGUUACAGGAAUGGCAUUCAUAAGGGGACGGUGAAGGUAGAUCGGCCGGUCUCUGCUCCGUCGCAUCUCCGAACUUCUUCUUCCUUCAAAUCCAAACUUCCUGUCCGCCGCAGCAGCCCUUCCUCUCUCGGCGGAGCCGCCAAGGACGACGCCUCCGUCUCUGGAAGAGUAAGAGUGGCUGUAAGAUUGCGACCCCAAAAUGUUGAGGAGUCGGUGGCAGAUGCAGAUUUUGCAGACUGUGUGGAAUUGCAGCCAGAGCUUAAAAGGUUGAAACUUCGAAAGAACAAUUGGGAUUCAGAUACCUAUGAGUUCGAUGAGGUGCUCACUGAAUUUGCAUCACAGAAGCGUGUCUAUGAAGUUGUUGCAAAGCCUGUUGUGGAGAGUGUUCUGGACGGUUACAAUGGAACAGUGAUGGCUUAUGGUCAGACCGGCACAGGGAAGACGUAUACUCUUGGACGUCUGGGUGAUGAAGACACUUCUGCUCGUGGUAUCAUGGUUCGUGCCAUGGAGGAUAUAUUAGCAGAUAUCUCUUUGCAAACUGAUUCUGUCUCGGUCUCAUAUUUGCAGCUUUAUAUGGAGACGAUCCAGGACCUCCUAAAUCCAGCAAAUGAUAAUAUUGCCAUUGUUGAAGAUCCAAAAUCUGGGGAUGUUUCAGUACCAGGUGCAACCGUUGUGGAAAUUAGAAACCAACAGAGUUUUCUGGAGUUACUACGGUUAGGAGAAGCUCAUCGAUUUGCUGCUAACACGAAAUUAAAUACCGAAUCUUCUCGCAGUCAUGCUAUUCUCAUGGUACAAAUUAGGAAGUCUUUCUUGGGAAGAGAAUCUGAUUUUCCAAAUGAAAAUGAUGAUUCCUCUUACUCGGUCAAUUCGUUUAAACCAACUGUUAUUCGCAAAGGCAAGCUGGUUCUUGUAGAUCUUGCUGGUUCUGAGAGAAUUCACAAGUCAGGAAGUGAGGGACAUAUGUUAGAGGAAGCCAAAUCAAUCAAUCUGUCACUAAGUGCGUUAGGGAAGUGUAUAAAUGCAUUGGCAGAAAAUAGUGCUCACGUGCCAGUUCGAGACUCCAAGCUUACAAGAUUGCUUAGAGAUUCGUUUGGAGGUACAGCAAGAACUUCAUUAAUUGUGACUAUCGGCCCAUCACCACGCCAUCGAGCAGAGACUGCAAGUACAAUAUUGUUCGGCCAAAGGGCUAUGAAGGUGGAGAAUAUGUUGAAAAUUAAGGAGGAAUUUGAUUACAAAAGUUUGUCUAGAAGGCUUGAGAUGCAACUUGACAAACUUAUUGCUGAGAAUGAGAGGCAGCAGAAAGCUUUUGAGGAUGAAAUUGAAAGAGUAACUUUAGAAGCACGAAGUCAUGUCUCUGAGGCCGAAAGAAACUUUGUGGAUGCAUUGGAGAGAGAGAGAAUGAAAUGUCAGAUGGAUUAUAUGGAAUCAAUUAAAAUGCUUGAGGAAAAGUGGGAGCUGAAUCACAUAAAGCAUGGCAAGAAUGGCUUCAUUGAUGGCACUUACAGUGGAGAGGGGCAUGUGGGCUCAGCUAGUGAGGAAGUUUCUGAGGUCAAAAAGUUGCUUCAGAACAAAAUUCAUUUAAGAAAGGAAGAUGAAGACAUUAACAAUCUCAAAAAUCAACUAGCUGAAUUUACACCAUCAGAGGCAGAUGGAACUGCAAAUAUUGUAAAGCUUCUAAGAUUGCUAGAAGACGAAAUGCUUCAGAAAAAGAAACUUGAAGAAGAAGUAAUCAGAUUAGAAAGCCAGUUGUCGGAAUUGACUUUUAAAGCUGAUCAGACUAGAAGAUAUCUUGAUAGAGGCAGGUCUGGGAAUUCCUUUACUGGGUUAGAUUCUCUCUCACAUAUUAAACAGUCACCCCACAAAGAUGUGGGUAAUGGGCAUGGAUCAUCAAUCACCAAUCUCCAUGAACAAGUUGGGUUGCAAAAGAUCUUGUCAUUGCUAGAGUCAGAAGAUGCUAACGUACGGAUUCAUGCUGUAAAAGUGAUGGCCAACCUUGCAGCUGAAGAAGCAAAUCAGGAAAGGAUUGUUGAAGCUGGGGGUCUCACUUCCUUGCUGAUGCUUCUUAAAACCUUCGAGGAUGAAACUGUUCGCAGAGUAGCAGCUGGUGCAAUUGCAAACCUUGCCAUGAAUGAAGCCAAUCAGGAACUUAUUAUGGCUCAGGGUGGAAUUGGUCUGUUGGCAAUUACAGCAGCAGAUGCCGAGGAUCCUCAAACUUUGCGCAUGGUUGCUGGAGCUAUUGCUAAUCUCUGCGGCAAUGAUAAGCUGCAAAUGAGGCUGAGGUCUGAAGGCGGUAUUACGGCAUUGCUACAAAUGGUGAGAUGUAGACAUCCAGACGUGCUUUCCCAAGUUGCACGUGGAAUUGCAAAUUUUGCAAAAUGUGAGUCCCGAGCAUCUACUCAUGGGACAAAAACCGGAAGAUCUUUCUUGAUAGAAGAUGGUGCACUUCCUUGGAUUGUACAAAAUGCCAACAAUGAGACCUCAUUAAUUAGGCGUCACACUGAGCUUGCACUCUGUCACUUGGCACAACAUGAAGUGAAUGCAAACGACAUGAUUAGUGGAGGUGCUCUUUGGGAGUUAGUUCGUAUUUCCCGUGACUGUUCACGAGAGGACAUUAGAACUCUCGCUUGUAGGACUCUGACUUCCAGUCCAACCUUCCAAUCUGAGUUGCGGCGACUGCGUAUAGAGGUAUAGUUACUUCUGUGAUGCCUUUGUUUGGAUUGUUUUUCCAAUUCCUACGAAGGAGCUCGGUUCGGAGAUGUAUACUUGUUAACUGUGCUAAAUAAUGGUUUCCCAGCAGAUAAAUACUCAUUGAAAUUUUUUCAAGUUGAGUUGGGGCUUGUAGUAGUCCUUGUUUGGUUUGUAGAUGAAGAGGAGCCUAGUGAAACAACCCUACUCUGCUCCAGUUUUGAACUUUGUAUAAAUUGAUUUGUUCAACCCUAAUGAAAAUAUUAUUUUAUUA